CCCAGCCGGGGAGGAGUCGGGCCCCGCCCGCCGCAGCCCGGGGCUCCUGCGUCCCGAGUGCGCGGCGGCCGGACCGGGCGGGCGAGCGGGCGGGCGGAGCCGGGCCCGCGGGGCUGCUGCGGGGCGAUCCCGCGCCAUGGACUACUGUGCCCAGCCUGAGUUCCAGCCUCACUGAGUGGCCACUCCCAAAGCACUUCCGGCCGAGGAAGCCCCCAGCACUGACCAUGUCUAUUAUGGACCACAGCCCCACCACGGGCGUGGUCACAGUCAUCGUCAUCCUCAUUGCCAUCGCAGCCCUGGGGGCCUUGAUCCUGGGCUGCUGGUGCUACCUGCGGCUGCAGCGCAUCAGCCAGUCGGAGGACGAGGAGAGCAUCGUGGGGGAUGGGGAAACCAAGGAGCCCUUCCUGCUGGUGCAGUACUCGGCCAAAGGACCGUGCGUGGAGAGAAAGGCCAAGCUGAUGACUACCAAUGGCCCGGAAGUCCAUGGCUGAGCCAGGAUGGGAGGCUCCUGGUCCUGUCUGCAGCCAGCCGAGAGGCGCUGGGAGGGGCAAAACCACACGGACGUGCUGCUGACUGAGAGGAAGGGCUGACACUUGCUGGCAUGGCCUCUGCAGGCUUCGUCAUCGCAUGCACUGACGCCCCAAGGCCCAGCUGUCCUGGGCUUCCCCUCAGCCUCCGGGUGAGGCUGCCCAUUGCAGGCAGUGGGCAGGCCUGACCUUGCUGGGGCUCACAGCCCCGUAGCGCUUUUGUUACUUGAAUGUUUAGCUGAGCCUGUUUUUGAUGGAGCUACUACUGUAAUGCGUGAACUAACAAACCUGUGAACUGUAAAUAGGCCUCCGGAAGCACGUGCUUAAGCCCUUUUGCUGAUUUUUUAAAAUAUCAUCUAGUGCACACGGGACUGGUUUGAUUCUGGUUGUACUCAUGACAAGCUGAGUCAAGACCCUGAAGGGUCAUAGGCUUGUAAAGGCCCAUGCUGCACUCAGCAGGGGUCCCAGGUGUGUUCAUCUUGUCUGUAUUUCAAGGAAGUGAGAUGCCAGUUUGGGCCUGGUGGUAAAGGCUGUGGCCAAUCAUUUGGGGUGCUUGGGUGAUUUCUGCUUGGUUAGUCAUGGGUGGAAGAGGAACCACACCCCCCACAUCCUGUUCCUUCUCCAGAUAGACUCCCAUGUUAAAUAGCAGUUCCUGUUGAGAUUGGAGUUACUGCAGGGAAGCUACUGGACCUGCCUGGGAGCCAUUGAAGGGCGAGUCAGGGCAAGAGUCCCGGAGGCUGCCAGCAUCCUUGUAGCAGAGCAGUUUCUCACCCUUUUGGUCUUCAGCAUGCUGAGUCCCCCGCAACCCCCUGCAGUGCAGGCUUCGCUGAAAUUGCUUUGAUCCUCAUAGAAACACCAGAGCCUGUGGUGGCUGCUUUUGGUCUGAAACCCAGUUGGCCCAGGAAGGAGAAAGUUCUAUGUUUUGUGUUGGUGUUUCCUAGUUUCUGCACUGGAGGGGGAGGGGACUGUUGAAGUUCUGUCUUUUUUCUUCUUUCCCUCUUCCCUUUUCACACCAGUGGGCUUCCUCUCCUCUGAUAACCACCUGCCUGCAGGGUCCUGACUCCGCUGUCCUCAGUGGGUCUCCCGUCUCCUGACCCAGCUUUGAAGGCACUGAGGACCCGGGGAACACCACUUCUCACAUGCACAUUGCCACAGGAGCCACCAGACUGCUUCCUGCCAGCCUGUGCUUGCAGCAAGGGGCAGGGCAGAGGUGAAUGCUGAGUUCAGGACUUGACUCUCCCACAGGUGGUGAGUUGGUGGCUUUCAGGUGAGCUAGCAUCUCCAAGGUCUCCCCUGUGUACACUUCAGUGAGCUCACUUUGAUUUUUAAUCCCACCACCGUAAGCACACAGUAAUUUUAUUUAUGAUUCAAAUGUGACUCAUGCCUGCCAUCCUUGGAAGGCCAGCCCCGGCUUAACCACAGAACGCUGGCCCUUAAUGCCUGAGCUCAGAGCUCUGGCCUCCUGCUCAGGCUAGAGGAACCUCCUCUGGACUCACCCAAGACUCUUCUAAAAAGCGUGUUGAAUGAAUCCACAUUCUGGAACCUCGAGGGAGGAGAAGUAGGGAGCCCUUUUAAGCAGCAUACACCUAAAUUGGGAGGGUUAAACAUUAAGUAGUAGCUUGGGGUGGGCAGAGGGAUGGCUGGCGGGGCCAUCUGAGCAGAAGGUAGUAAUGAAACACCUCAGCUGGGCUCUUGAGAGCCCUUAGGAAGAAGAGGCAACACCUUUAUCCACUGACGUCAUGGACAAGCUCAGAAGAAGUGGUGGUGGGGCAGGUGUGAUGUCUGCAGAGGCCCUGCAGGCUGGGUGGGCAGGACAUGUGGCGGGGGCCACUGAAACCAGGCCUAGGAGGGAGAACAGAAGUUCCAAAGGUGGAAGAUGGGGGAGAAGGUUUGCUUUGGUAAAUGAGGAAAGGCAGAGGCGGGCAUGUGACCCAUCCCCUCAUGUUUCAGAACUUCCAGGCUUUCUACCUCGACUCUCAGCACAGCCAGCACAUACCCUAGGCUGUUUUUCCUUCCUCCACACCCGAGGGACACAGGAGCAGCUAGGAUCUGCAUUUUCAGGUUCCGAGCCUGACCCCUGAACUGACCAGUGCUCGAUUAUCAGACUUGACCUGUGGUUUUGACCUUGUCAGUGAAGUCUCGGUUUUGAAGUGAUUAAGCAUCACUUUCUCAUCAGUUUCACUUCUGGAAGCUUUCUUAUCCCACUCCCCGGUGCCAGGAACGUACUUGGGAGUUUGAAUCAGGCCCAUUUGAGCAUGGUAGCUGUGUUGGGUGAAGGUCAGAGACUAAGUGAGGCACUGGGGGAGAGGGGGUCUUCGGGAGGAAAAUGAAAAUGCCUGUAGAACUAGUGAACCACAUCAUAGCGCUCACUGUUCUUAGUGUUUUCAGUAGCUACUUUUUGUUAGCAUAGACACCAGAGCCACUCUCUCAAAUGGCUUAGUAGGUUAUGACCUCUCUUGGAAUUCUUUCUGAAUGAAUGCCCAACUGUUGCAUUCAAGUUUUCUGACUAAUCAAGAAAUUAAGCGUUCAUCCUUUGUAUCACUGCAGAAGCAACAGUAGGGGGACAGGGAGGGAACUUUUGACACUGAGCCACUAAAAUAUGGACUAAUUUUUUGGACGAAUAUUCAAAUGGACUAUGCUACUGUUUUUGUCUCAAAGCUACCAAGUUUGUGCAAUAAGUGGAAGGGAUGUCAUCCCUCUUCAAUAAAUGCUGAAUGACAUUCAAGUUGAUUUUCUAGACCACUGAGAAAAUCUUUAUUUACAAUAAAUUUCAAUAAAAUUUGCAUAAAU